UUCCCAAUCUCUUCUUCACACAAUCUCUCUCUCGUCAACACCACUAACACUUCCACUGAUUCAUCAUCUUCUGCUCAUCAGAAGAAACUUUUCUCUCGUUGAUUCCAUACUUCCAAUUUUAUCCCUGCGUUUUCUUUCUUGUGUUGUUACUCCUUUGGACUCUUACUGUUUCUAGGUUCACUCAAUCCAAAUAAUGGGAAGUAAAUGGAGGAAGAUGAAACUGGCUUUAGGUCUGAAUCUCUGCACAUACCUCCCACGAACCCUAGAGGAACCUCCCGCUGCUCUGAAUUCCACAGAGAGAUUAUCAGAUGCUGCUCUGCUCUCUCCUCUUAAUUGGCCCAUGACCCCAACACCCUCCUCUCACGGUCUCAAAUUAUCCAGAAACAGCUCUAAAUCUUCCAAGACAUGUUCUAUAUGCUUGACUAAGAUGAAAGAUGGAGGAGGGCAUGCGAUUUUCACAGCUGAGUGCUCGCAUUCGUUUCAUUUUCACUGCAUUGCUUCAAAUGUGAAACAUGGAAACCAAGUUUGCCCAGUGUGCCGUGCAAAUUGGAAGGAAAUCCCAAUGCAGCACCCAAGUUUUGAUCUUCCUUACCUGUUUGCUCGAACUUAUAACAAUGAUGCAGCUAUUGGCCUUGCCCACCGUUUACCAACGCCUCGUCGAGUUAUGAAUCAAGGACGAGUUCUGGCUCCUGAGCCUUCUAUGUUUAAUGAUGAUGAGCGGUUAGAGCAGCAGCUCGUAUUUUCCGGGAAGAGUUAUGGUGAUGCUUUGGAGAACAAUCAUCCUGUACGAAUGAUGGACUUGAAAAUAUAUCCUGAGGUUUCAGCUGUCCCAAGAGCUGAGUCUCGUGAGAAGUUUGCUGUAUUGGUGCAUCUCAAAGCUGCUGCCAUGGUUACUGGAAAUGCAAACUCCCUCAACAAUGAGAUUUCUCGGUAUCCUCGAGCUCCAGUUGAUCUUGUCACGGUGCUUGACAUCAGUGGUAGCAUGGCGGGAACUAAACUGGCUCUUCUGAAACGAGCAAUGGGAUUCGUGAUUCAGAACCUUGGCUCUAACGACAGGCUUUCAGUUAUUGCUUUCUCUUCGACUGCUCGUCGUCUAUUCCCUUUGACCAAGAUGUCUGAUGCUGGAAGACACCGAGCCCUUCAGGCUGUGAAUUCAUUGGUUGCAAAUGGUGGGACAAACAUCGCUGAAGGUCUUAGGAAAGGUGUCAAGGUGAUGGAAGAACGAAGAGAUCAAAACCCUGUUGCUAGCAUUAUCCUUUUGUCUGACGGGAGAGAUACCUAUACCAUGAACCAACCUGAUCCAAACUACAAGUUGUUACUUCCCUUGUCUAUGCACGGUUGUGAGAGCAAGCGGUUUCAGAUCCCGGUUCAUUCUUUUGGUUUCGGAUCAGAUCAUGAUGCUUCACUGAUGCAUUCUGUUUCUGAAACCUCUGGUGGAACUUUCUCUUUCAUCGAGAGCGAGUCUGUGAUCCAGGAUGCUCUUGCACAGUGCAUUGGUGGGCUUUUAAGCGUUGCGGUACAAGAGCUACGGCUAGAAAUCGAUGGUAUGUGCACAGAUGUUCAUCUUAGCUCGAUCAAAGCUGGGAGUUACCCGAGCCUUGUUAAUGGUGAUGGUCGGUCAGGAUGUGUCGAGAUUGGUGAUCUUUACGCUGAUGAAGAGCGUGAUUUCUUGGUUUCUAUCAACAUCCCAGCUCAGAGAGCUGGAAACGAGUCACAGCUUCUGAAAAUGAGAUGUGUCUACAAAGAUCUUUUGACAAAGGAGAUUGUGACGCUUCAAAGUCAUGUGCUUAAGAUUCAAAGACCAGAAACCGUUGGUCAAGAAGUUGUUGUGUCCAUCGAAGUGGACAGGCAAAGAAACAGGUUCUUAGCCGCGGAGGCAAUGGUAAAGGCGAGAACUUUAGCAGAGGGAGAAGAUUUAGCCGCGGCUGUUACCGUUAUCCAGGAUUUUAGACAGGUUCUGGCAGAGACGGUCUCAGCAAAAUCAAACGACGGGUUUUGUGUCGCUUUGGACAGAGAGCUCAAGGAAAUGCAAGAAAGAAUGGCGAGUAGGCAUGUCUACGAGGUAUCGGGAAGAGCUUACAUUCUCUCUGGACUUAGUUCACACUCAUGGCAAAGAGCAACAUCGAGAGGAGAAUCAGGAGACGGAUCGAGCUUUGUUCAGACUUAUUACCAGACUCCAUCAAUGGUUGAGAUGCUACACCGAUCUCAAGCCACGUCCUAUCAUAGACUCAUCCAGCCAUUGAUAUCAUUUGCAUCUCAACCAAAGCCAAGAUGAAAAAAAAAAUCAGAAUCCUAUGUCUUAGCUGUAAAAGGUUUCAGCUUUGUUUUUGAAUCUCUCACAACUUUUUUUGGUCUCUUUCUGGGUUUGUCUGUAAAGAAAUAAGAAGAAAAAAAACAGGCAAAGGGGAGAAAAUGUGAAUCUAAAUGGGUUUAGGGUCUUACGAUUUGGUGAUUUUCCUGGUUUUGUACGUCGGUGUUUUUUUUUCAAAUUCUCAUGUAAUGUGUGUAUAUAUGUAAGAAUUUGGGUAUAAAAGCUUUGUUCACAACUUGGAAUAUACUAC